CACCAUUCUAAAUUCCAUAUCAUAUAUCAUAGUAUCGUGAGAAUGUUCAGCAUCACCCGUGCCAUUCCCAAGGCCCGUCCUUGCCCGCAAUUAUGGUGUCGCCAGAUGCCCCUCAUCAUCUGUCCACCUUUGAGAUCCUUUUCUGUCAUGACGCAGCAUGCAUCGCCCAAGAUAACAACGCACUUUGGCAAGGACUGUUCGCCUCCCCGCGCGGGUGUGCCAUACUCACCUGCUGCUAAAGCGGGCGGUUUCGUCUUUGUAUCAGGCCAGGUCGCUGCCAAUCCCAAGGGCGAAUAUCUCCCGACCCACACUUCGGUGAUGGAGAAGAGCCACAGGAUGAUCCAGAAUGUCAAGAGCGUUCUGGAAGCAUCGGGAUCAUCAUUAGACAAGGUGGUCAAAGCGAAUAUUAUCUUUGUGCAUCUGGAUCGAGACUAUGAUGAAUUCAAUAAAGUGUACCAGGAGUAUUUCCCUCACAACCCAGCCAGAACCAGCAUCGAAGUGAGUGGACUGCCGAAGCCGGCAGAUUUGGAGAUUGAAGUUAUUGCAUUGGCUUAA